CCGUCACUCCCCGCGGCCGCUCCGCCCCGCUCCGCCGCUUCCCGCCGCGCUCAACAUGGCCGCCGCGCUGGGGAGGCUGCUGCGGACCGCGGUCCCCGCCGCCGGGAGGACGCUGACGGCGCGGCCGCUGCCCUGCGCCCGCCGCCACUUCAGCCUCGGCUCGUCGCGGUUCGCUCCAGCGGUUACACAGCACGCCCCGUUCUUCAAGGGGACGGCGGUUGUUAACGGAGAGUUUAAGGAGCUGAGCCUGGAUGAUUUCAAAGGGAAAUACCUGGUUCUCUUCUUCUACCCCCUGGACUUCACCUUUGUCUGCCCCACAGAAAUUGUGGCUUUCAGCGACAAAGCAAAGGAGUUUCGUGAUGUGAACUGCGAAGUGGUGGCAGUGUCUGUGGAUUCUCAUUUUUGUCAUCUGGCCUGGAUAAAUACACCACGAAAGAGUGGUGGUUUGGGCAAAAUGAAUAUUCCAGUUCUGUCAGACCUCUCAAAACAAAUCUCCCGGGAUUACGGUGUGCUGCUGGAAGGACCUGGCAUAGCACUGAGAGGUCUCUUCAUCAUUGAUCCAAAUGGGAUCGUCAAGCAUCUGAGUAUCAAUGAUCUCCCCGUUGGCCGUAGUGUGGAAGAGACUCUUCGCUUGGUGAAAGCAUUCCAGUUCGUGGAAACACAUGGGGAGGUUUGCCCGGCAAACUGGACUCCAGACUCCCCUACGAUCAAACCAACCCCAGAAGCUUCUAAAGAGUAUUUUGAGAAAGUGCACAAAUAAAAUACCCAAAUAUGUGGACAAAACUCUUGGUUACCAUAAACAGAAGACAUUAGGAAAGCAGCUGUGAUUACAAUUGAUAAUAAUAAAAUCAAAGUUCUCAUUUUCUCAUGUUGAAGAAGAAAUUAAAUGCUGAAAUAGUUACUGGCUCCCUUGUCGUGCUUUAAAAAGAAGAGUCAAAACUGAGGCUUUCCCCCUCUCCCUUUUUGCAGCUUCAGUUUCGUGAGUUUCUGUGACAUAGUCUUUGUCCUGAAUACAAGCACAUGAAGUACAAUUGUCUUCCACUGGGUUUUCCCUCAUUCCUUAACUAGUUUUGGACCAGAAAGUGUCCCACGUUUUCCUUCUCACAGGAAAAGCUGAAUUCUGGAACAAGAGUUUCAAACCAUGGGGACAAUACAGAAAAUAAAACAUUGAUCUGUGGCUUAUGUUUAAUGAAUUCAUGAAGACAUGAAUGUAACAAAACUGUGUAAAUGCACUAUAGCUUGAAAUGAAUGUAAAUACAUGCCAUUUUACUCCUGCAUGUAGUGAAAGAUGCAGGGCAGCUACAGGGGAGGGUUAACAAGCACGAAGGACUUAGACUCUGCUCGGGAUGGUAAAAACGUAAACCCCAGUAGUGUACUUGAGCUUAACAACAAGUCUUCUGUCAUUUACAGCAUUGCUUGCUUGAAUCUGUUAGUUGUAAACAAUGAAAUUGAAAGCAAUGCAGCAUCUCUAGAAAUAAUAAUAAACCUUAAGGUUGGCGAA